GUCUGCAAUAUAUGCCGUAUUAGCUGAGGAUGGUAUUGAAAUAAAUGAUAACAUUAAAGCAACAAUUUUGGAUUAUGAAUUUUGGAUGGAUCUAAAAAAAUUACACGAUUUUCUAGAACCAUUUAUCAUUUUUAUAC